AUGGGACCCGCAGGAGGUGCAGAGGAAAAUCCAAAAUGGGGCAAAAAGGAAACAGUCUCUAAAUGCACAGAGAACAACACGGAGCCAUGCAAAGUUGCCGUUUCCAUCCAGGCCAACCUCUCUGCUCAGUCGUUUGAGGGUAUCUCAUUUCAAACCUCAAACUCUGCCUCCUCUAAUCCCUUCUUGAGUUGGGCAUGUCCAAUGGGUCGAGGGAAGAUCGAGAUCAAAAGAAUCGACAAUGCCAGCAGCAGGCAAGUCACCUUCUCCAAGCGCCGAACAGGCUUGUUCAAGAAGGCUCAGGAACUCUCCAUUCUAUGUGACUCUGAGGUUGCCGUCAUAGUCUUUUCCAACACUGGCAAGCUCUUCGAGUUUUCCAGUUCUGGUAUGACGCGAACACUUUCAAGAUACAAUAAAUGCCUUGGUCCUACAGAUGCUGCUUCUGUAGCAGAAAUUAAGACACAGAAGGAAGAUUCUAAAAUGGUGGAGAUCCUACGAGAUGAAAUUGCAAAGAUAGAAACAAAGCAAUUACAGUUAUUGGGUAAGGAUCUGACAGGAUUGGGUAUAAAGGAAUUGCAAAUUUUAGAGCAGCAACUUAGUGAGGGGUUAUUGUCUGUCAAGGCAAGAAAGAGCAAUGUUCAACCCUUAACAUUUGAUCUUUCAGGAGGAACUACUCAUGGAGCAACUGGAGCACUCCAGAAUUCAGGUAUAUCGGAAUCAGAAGUUGAGGAGCUUCGUUGUCUGUUCCCACAAUCAGAAAACAUGGUCCCAUUUCAAUAUCAACACACUGAAAGAAAUAACUGUUUUGUAAAUACUGGUGCCAGAUGUCUCAACUUGAGCCAUAACUGUGGAAAUGAGAAAGGAAGUUCAGACACAGUAUUUCAUUUGGGUGAGUAA